CCACGCUCGAGUCUGUGGAGGACCAGUGGGCUCCACCUGUCUGCAGGUGUUGAAGGUUGCAGAGCGGCACCAUGAGCUCCAAGGUGUGUAAGAACUGCGGCAGCUCGGACAUCGAUGUGGACCAGGCCCGCGGAGAUGCCGUCUGCAUGGGCUGUGGCUCGGUGCUGGAGGCCAACAUCAUCGUGUCGGAGGUGGAGUUCGUGGAGUCGGGGGGUGGAGGAUCGCUGGCUGUGGGACAGUUCGUGUCCUCAGAAGGUGGUCAAAGAUGUCCAUCGUUCGGGGACGCCCACAUCGGAGGAGGGUCGGGGUCCCGCGCUCAGACGCUGCAGAGAGCGAAGCACCACAUCAACACUCUGGGCCACCAGCUGCAGAUGAACCAGCACUGCUUGGACACGGCCUACAACUUCUACAAGAUGGCGCUGAACAAGCAGCUGACCCGCGGCCGCAAGGCCUCCCACGUCAUGGCUGCCUGCAUCUACCUGGUGUGUCGCACGGAGGGAACGCCUCACAUGCUGCUGGACCUCAGCGACAUCCUGCAGGUGAACGUGUACGUCCUGGGGAAGACCUUCCUGGCGCUGGCCAAGGAGCUGUGCAUCAACGCUCCAGCUAUCGACCCGUGCCUCUACAUCCCCCGCUUCGCCCAACUGUUAGAAUUUGGUGAGAAGAACCACGAGGUGUCCAUGACGGCGCUGCGGCUGGUGCAGAGGAUGAAGAGGGACUGGAUGCACACAGGGAGAAGGCCGUCAGGACUCUGCGGAGCAGCUCUCCUCGUUGCCGCUCGCUCCCACGACUUUCGCCGCACAGUCAAAGAAAUCGUCAGUGUUGUGAAAGUGUGCGACACCACGCUAAAGAAAAGGUUGAUGGAGUUUGAGGACACGCCCACCAGCCAGCUCACCAUCCAGGAGUUCAUGACCACCGACCUGGAGCAGGAGCAGGAGUGUGACCCGCCGUGCUUCACGGCCGGCCUGAGGAAGAAGAAGAGCCAGCAGCUGGAAAUAGAGCUGAGGAAAGAGAUGGGAGACAUUGAAGAUGAAAUACAAGAGUACCAGGAUGAAAUAGACUCGGAGCUGGAGACCGUUCGACCCAAACUCAGGGGCGUUUAUGCCGCUUAUGCAAAGGAAGGUGAGUACUCUGAGAGUCUGUGCCCCCCCCCAGAUCUCCAGGACGUCUCCCUACGGUCCCCCUCCUCCAAGCUGGCGGCUGACGAGGAUCCAGACCUGGACGAGGAGCUGCAGGCCGUGGCCAAACACUUCGGGAAGGAGCUGGGGGAGAUCACGCUGGAGGCGCUGAUCAAGCUGGAGCAGAAGAGGCCGGGGGAGGACGAGGAGGAGGGGGGUGUCCCCACGCGGAAAGGCCCGUCCCUGUCCUCCAUCCUGGGGACCAUGCCCUCCUCAGCCACCCUGGGCCUGCCGGAGUCCAUCAGUACCUGCGUCGGGGAGGAGAAGGAGAACGAUGGCGCCGCCGACAGCGGGGAGCUGGACCUGAGCGGGAUAGAUGACAGCGAGAUCGAGCUGUAUCUGCUAAGUGAGAAUGAAAUCAAAAUCAAGACGGCGAUGUGGAUGGCGGAAAACUCUGACUACCUCAAGGAACAGACAGAAAAAGAAGCAAAGAUAGCAAAGGAGAAGGCGCUCGGGAUCUACAAAGAAAGGAAGCGGAAGCCGCCGGGGAAGAAGCGGGCGCCCAUCCGCGCCAGCACGGCCGACGAGGCCAUCGAGAAGAUGCUGGAGCAGAAGAAGAUCUCCACCAAGAUCAACUACGACGUGCUGAAGGACCUGAACGUGAAGCCCGGGGCCGGCCCGGCCCCCGCUGCCGAGACCCCAAAGAAGGAGGCCCCCGCCGUCAGGCUGGCCGGGCGGAGCCGCAAGCCGGCUCCCCUCAGCCUCAGCACGCCGCUCAGCACCCUGGGGAAGAGGUUGCAGCCGUUCGUCACCGGACAGCCCAAGAAGAAGCUGGCCGUGGAGCAGGCUGCCGCCCCCAACCCCCUGCCGGUAGCAGCCGAGGCCCCUGCCAGUGGGGUGGUGGUGGAGAGUGGGCCGGUCCACUACGACGACGCAGCGGCAGACGAGGAAGACGAGGAGGAAGACGAUCCCUGCGUCAGUGCCAUGGACUUGAUGGGUAGCAACGAUUACGGCUGCGAUGGAGACUUUGAUGAUGGAUUCUAGCUGCGUCCUCACCGCUGGGUCAUUAUACCACACUUGUGCAGCUGAUUUCCACUCCCAAGUGCAUCCAAUGUUUACUACCGUGGACAGAAGACGGGAGCUGUGGCUGCAGCCGCGGAUGAAAGCGUGCGUUCCGCUCUUUGCUCCUGUUGCCCUCCGGACUAGACGGACGCAUUGCUUGCAUGCCCAGAAAGAGGGUGCAGCAGAAGUGGGCGGUGCGGAGCGGGUCACUGGCUACAAGUGGCGGUAUCGCUCUUUCAGGGUUCCAGUUAGCGCUGGUUUGAUUUGCAGGUCACAUGAAGUUCGAGCUAAAACCAGAUUUUAACCAGUAAAUACUAAAAUCAGUGCUUUAUUGUAAUCAUUGUGUGGAGCCCAGCGGCAACAGACACAAACCAAACCUGCCACGUCCCGUUUUCCCGCUUCUGAGCAGCGUCCGCUACGACCCGGCAGGUGGAGCCGCGUCGGCCUUCUGCAGUGUGCUUUUGUUUCUUUUGGGAUUUCAGUUGGGUUUUUUUAGGAACCAGUUUAAUGACGAGCAGAUGGAGACGCGCUGCCACUCAGUCUGAUGACGUCAUCACAAUCAAGUUAGAAUAACAAAUGUAAUAGUAUUUAUUUGUAUCAUCUGUUAAUUAGCGUUAUCCACGUUCUUAUUAGUUUUGAUGCAGCUGCUCCUGUUUGGUUAAUUUAUGAGAUUAUAUUUCUUGCAGGCCACAGAGACUUUUUAAAACCGGUCUGAAAAGGGAGUGUAUAUAGUUUCCAAAUGAACGAGGGAACUUGGAGACGUGUAUUUUUUUGGUGAUGUUUUGUUGUGAUUUUGUCCGUGGCCUUUUUUCGUUGUCACGACUUGUCGGCAGGAGACGUCCCUGGCGUGUCGGCAGGAGAUGUCCCUGGCGUCCCUGCCCACCCUGCUGUUGCUGUAGGUCACGAUGUCACGUCUGCGUGUUCAUGUGUCUCUCUGCUGCUCCAGUAAAGAUUGAUCUAA